UUGUCUUAACUUUCAAGUUUCUUGUCGCCCAAGCUCGCCCUCUCUCUUUCUCUCUCUCGCCGAUCGCACAAAAUAGAAAGCAACAGAGGAGGUCAGCAGACGACUGAUAGAUAACCUAGCGAAAAAGCAAGUAUCUGAAAGACUUUACAAAUGGCCCGAUACGACAGAGCGAUCACGGUGUUCUCGCCUGACGGCCAUCUGUUUCAAGUGGAAUACGCCCUUGAAGCUGUCCGCAAAGGCAACGCAGUUGUCGGCGUCCGUGGCACCGACACCAUCGUCCUCGCCGUCGAGAAGAAAUCUACCCCCAAGCUUCAAGACACCCGAUCGGUUAGAAAAAUCGUAAAUUUGGAUGAUCACAUUGCGCUGGCCUGCGCUGGACUGAAAGCAGAUGCGCGUGUUCUGAUAAAUAGGGCACGUAUUGAAUGUCAGAGUCAUAAGCUUACAGUUGAAGAUCCUGUGACUGUUGAAUACAUAACACGCUAUAUUGCUGGUCUCCAGCAAAAGUAUACACAAAGUGGUGGUGUAAGACCAUUUGGCCUUUCAACCUUGAUCAUUGGCUUUGACCCAUACACUGAUGUUCCAUCACUUUAUCAGACAGAUCCAUCAGGAACGUUUUCAGCAUGGAAAGCUAAUGCAACUGGGAGAAACUCAAAUUCAAUUCGGGAGUUUCUGGAGAAGAAUUACAAAGAGACAUCCGGCCAAGAAACCUUGAAGUUAGCCAUUCGUGCUUUGCUUGAAGUUGUUGAGAGUGGAGGAAAGAACAUAGAAGUUGCUGUGAUGAAAAAAGAGCAUGGACUUCGGCAACUUGAAGAAGCCGAAAUUGAUGCCAUUGUUGCUGAAAUUGAAGCAGAGAAAGCAGCAGCCGAGGCAGCCAAGAAGGCCCCUGUGAAAGAAACUUAGUCCUGCUACAGUUCUUGUACCCCAUGCGCUUGCUUUUGUAUUUCAAAUUUUCCUGGUAAGACUGCUUUGUUAGUGUCAAAUCGUUUAUCAUUAAUUUCUUUAUCAAGCAGGACCGGAUUGUAUUGGCCAAUUCCAUUUCUGGAAUGGUAUUCAGUCAUAAUCUGGUACUACAGACAUACUGAAUUUGCUUUCCUUCAGUUAAAUGCUAAAUGCUUCUCAAUACUUUGUACAUCUAUGCUGUCCAUUGAUUGUAAUAUAUGCCAACCUAUGAUUCAGAACUAUGGCCAGGUUCGUAGAACAGAGUUCGGUAUAACAAAGUAAAGCCUUG